CAAAUCAUUAGGCUAAUUUUAUUAUUUUCCCUUUUUACCCUUGGAGGACUAAUGACCCGACUCAUAUUUAUCCAUUCAUCGCACCGCGUGAUAGAAGGCGACGGCGUCGAAUUAUCGCAGGGUUUGUACGUGCCAGCUCUCUCUCUCUCUCUCUCUCUCUCUCUCUCUCUCCCUCUCUCUCUCAAGGAUGCCGAUGAACCCUGUUGAGUACACCGUGGUUGAUGCGUUCACAGACUCGGCGUUCCAGGGGAACCCAGCGGCGAUUUGUUUCUUGGAAGAAGAGAGAGGUGAUGAUUGGCUGCUAGCAGUGGCGCGCGAGUUCAACGUUUCCGAAACUUGCUACUUGACUCGGAUCACUGAUUCUGAGUCGCAGACUGGUGACUCGCCCGAUUGUAUUCUAAACCCUAGGUUCCGUCUCAGAUGGUUCACACCUGUUACUGAGGUUAACCUUUGUGGUCAUGGAACAUUAGCAGCUGCGUACACUAUUUUCACAUCUGGUUUGGUUAAUUCCAACAAAAUUGAGUUCUUGACAUUAUCUGGAGUUCUCUCUGCGAAAAGGGUUCUAGAAAUCAGGAAGUGUGAUGCCUCGAACUGCCAGAAUGGUGAAAAACAAGAGCAUUUCUCAAUCCAAUUGGACUUCCCUGUCGUCCCUAUCAUUGAGUAUGAUUCUGCUGAGGUUUUAUCAGUUUAUAAAGCCUUGAAUGGUGCUUCCGUGAUUGAUAUAAAGAAGACAACCGCAGAUGAUCUCCUUGUUGAGCUCUCAUCAGGGAAAGCAGUUGUGGAUUUUCAGCCACAGUUUGAUGACAUUGAAAGAUGCCCAGGAAGGGGGUUGAUUAUAACAGGCUUUGCGCCCCCGGACUCCGGAUUUGAUUUUUUCAGUCGCUUUUUCUGUCCGAAAUAUGGCGUCAGGGAGGAUCCUGUUUGUGGAAGUGCACAUUGUGCCUUAGCAACCUAUUGGUGCAAAAAGCUGGGAAAGUGUAAUUUCAUUGCAUAUGCGGCAUCACCCAGAAGUGGAAUAUUGUACCUGAAUUUUGACAAGAAGAACCAGAGAGUCCUGCUUCGAGGGAAGGCUGUUGCUGUGAUGAAAGGUUCCGUUUUAGUAUGAAUUUGGAGUUCCUCAGCAUCAUGCCUGAAUUGAUAAACUGAGGUUAACACUCGUCCAGUUUUUAAAAGACCCUGGAUUUAAAUUUACUCUCUUCAAUUCGUAAAGCUCAUGGAUUCCUUGCAUGCAAGCCUGCAACUCCUUAAAGUUUGAACAUGGUGUGAAGAACAUUAGAUUCUUGUAACAUAUGAAAUCUGGAAGUCGAAUCGUAUGUUUGGAAAGAUUUUGGGUUUGGAUUUGUAUUGAAUUUAAAUAAGAUGAAAUAUAAAAUUAUAUUAAGAUUUGUCCA